GAGAGAUAGAUCUAUGGGUGAACCAGCAGCAGGGAGACUGUGACAGACAGCGGCGGUGAACACAGGCAGAGGUCCCUGCUUCAUUCGAACACCGAGAAGAAGAUAAAACAAAAAAAAAUUAAAGGAUCUGUGUCGUCUCUUAGUGACAGGGUCAGGUGUCUGGAUGGACUGACAGAUUGCAUGCAGCACAUUGUGAAAGGAACAUCUGUCUCCACACCAGACCUUUGGCCCCGGCCCGUCUCUCCACAACAAUGAACUCCUCGCCCCACAGCUCCCGCGCCUCCAUCGACAUCCUGGAGGAACUCCAGCUGAUUGCUGCACAGAACCUGGAAAAGCUGGACAUCAACAAAUACUAUGAGGUCGUCUGUGAGCUGGGGAAGGGCACCUAUGGGAAAGUGGACCUGGUCAUCCACAAAAUCAGAGGCACAAAAAUGGCCCUGAAGUUUCUGAGGAAGAAGACCACCAAGCUGAAGAGCUUCCUGCGAGAGUACAGCAUCUCCCUCUACCUGUCGCCCUGCCCCUUCAUCAUCAACAUGUACGGCAUCGCCUUUGAAACAGACGAGUACUACAUCUUUGCUCAGGAGUACGCUCUGGCAGGAGAUCUGUUUGACAUCAUCCCUCCACAGGUGGGACUACCUGAGACGGUGGCCAAGCGCUGCGUCCACCAGGUGGCCAUCGCCCUGGACUACCUGCACUGUAAGAAGCUGGUCCACAGAGACAUCAAACCCGAAAACAUCCUUAUUUUUGACAAAGAGUGCCGAAAGGUCAAGCUGUCAGACUUUGGCAUGACGCGGCGCGCUGGCUCUCCAGUGAAGCGCGUUAGCGGCACGAUCCCGUACACGGCACCUGAGCUGUGCGACACCUCGAGGCACGAGGGCUUCUGCGUGGACUACAGCACAGACGUGUGGGCGUUUGGCGUGCUGCUCUUCUGCAUGCUGACAGGAAACUUCCCCUGGGAGAAGGCCAUGCCGAACGACGCCUUCUACGAAGAGUUUGUGCGCUGGCAGCGUCGCCGAACAGGCUCAGUGCCGUCACAGUGGCGCCGCUUCACUGACGAAGCUCUACGAAUGUUUCGUAGACUCCUCUCUAUUGAGCAAGAGCGCCGCUGCUCUGUCAAAGAAGUCUUCAGCUACUUCAACCAGUGCUGGAUGUUGGACACGGAGAACGGGAACAGCAGCAGCUUGGCGAGCAGUGCGCCCCCUCUGGACAUCAGCUCCUCCUCAUCUGAAGAGGAUGUAUUAGUGGACAGACUGAAGCAGCAGAGCUUGUCACCUGCUUGUGUGGUGGCGAAGGGGAGCAUCAUGAUGGACACCCACUACUCCUCCAUGUCCACCAACAGCUCGCCGUCCUCCACCGGCAGCUACGAGCGCGCCAACAGGGAAAACAACGAAAGAGGACGCAUGCUAGUGGCGACACCCAUUGAGAUCUGCGUGUAGAGGCGGCGGAUGCUGUGUUUCAGGCUGCCUGCUCACGUGUGAUGCUGGUGUGAGCUGAGGAGGAAGCUUUCUCCGAGUGUGAGAAAGAGGAAGGAGAAAAGUGUGGCGACUGGUGCUUAGCGUCAGGAUCAACACUCUGACAUACCUUGUAGCUUCACUGCGGAUUUACUCAUUUCUGAUGAAGAUGAGCUCUGAGGAAAUGAGCAGAGGGACGAUCGCAAGCCUCCUGUAUGUGGUUUAUACUUAAGAUACUGAACUGAACUCAACAGACAACCUGUAAAGAAAAGAAGAGCAGACAAAAACAUAAAUAAUCCACAAGCAAUAUGUUCAAAUGUUUGGAAUAAUCCAGUCACUGCAAAAAUAAUCUGUGAAGAAAAAGAGGCUUUUAGAAAUAUGAUUUGUUGAUGGUACUAUUGUGUGUUUAUUGUAGUGUACAUUUUCAUGUUUUGGUAGAUAUGUUUCUGUAAAGUGUCUUUUUUUUGUAUAUUUGUUUUUAAUUUGGAGUUAAGUUAUUUAUUUAUAUCAGACACAUAAUUAUGAUUUGUUUAAUGAGAGAUCAGAAGCCUGUUUUUUAAAUUUUCUCUCUGAGAAAUGAAAAUUAUUAGAAAUAUGAACUACUGUAGAAGCAGGAGGCUUUCACAGACCUACUUUUCUUUAUCUGUUUGUCAUCAUGUUGUCGUGACCUCCCAUAAAAGCAGAAAUACACAGACUGUUCUUUCUCACCUAAAAUGUCCUUUUUCAUGUUUGCCUGUGAUGCCUAAACCCACUUGUACAGUAGCAACCAACACUAUGAGCGGCUGAAAGCGCACUGAACAGUCAGCGAGACUGUCCUCCCAUUAAACUGCAGUAUACUGGGACCAUAACCAAAUACGCCCACAGCCCAUUUCUUUAAGGAGAAAAUCACAUAACAAUAAUAAUAAUUAUGUAUUUGGUAAUACAACAAAUGGGAUGAAAGCAUAGAAAAGUAUAAAUAAUAUUCCUAAUUUUCCUGCUUGCAUGGUUGACAAAGACAAUUGACAUUGUACCUUUCAUUAAACAGUUAACAUAAUUACUAAAGAGAUAUUUGGACUUUUUUUCUCUGAAUAAUAGGCAAGAAAAUAUCCUUAACACUGAAUAUGCCAAUUGAAGAAGUAUUUGGGGAUACAACCUGCCCUCAACUUUUUAUUCAAAUUUUUUGCUGUUAAAAUAAUUAGAAGGUUUAACCCUGAAAAUGUGACAAGAUGGAUGAAUGUAGAAAACAUUUCGGGAUUAAAAUGUUUUGGAAAUCUCUCUUUUAUGUUUUUCAGAAGUAUUGCAUGAACUGAUUAUUACUGUGGUGAACAUUUGUUGAAAUAAACACCCCGAUAAUUAAAAGUC